UACUCACCGCAUUCCGGCCGGUUCGUUUGGGUUCGCUUCUCGAAUUGAUUCGAGUAGUUCCGCACGGUUCGAUUCGUUCGCUUCCGUUCAGUUUGCCUCAGGCCGCGGCGACACAAGGACACUCAUGUGUGUUCGUGUGCGGACAAAUCCAAUUUAUUCGCGUGCAACGUGAACCCAUCGUCUGCAGCGACUAUGAAGUACAUCCUGGUAACCGGCGGAGUGAUCAGCGGCGUGGGCAAGGGUGUCAUCGCUAGUUCGUUCGGCACCAUCCUCAAGCACUGCAACAUCCGCGUGACGUCCAUUAAAAUCGACCCCUAUAUCAACAUAGACGCUGGCACUUUCAGCCCCUACGAGCACGGUGAAGUUUACGUACUCGACGAUGGCGGUGAGGUAGAUCUGGAUUUAGGUAAUUACGAACGUUUCCUGGACAUCACUCUUCACAGGGACAAUAACAUAACGACUGGAAAAAUUUAUCAGUCUGUUAUUACGAAGGAAAGGCGAGGAGAUUACUUAGGAAAAACAGUACAAGUGGUACCCCAUAUUACUGAUGCUAUUCAGGAAUGGGUGGAGAGAGUCGCGAAUCAAUCCGUAACAGAAGACGGUGCUAAACCAGAGGUUUGCAUAGUUGAAUUAGGAGGUACAAUAGGUGACAUAGAGGGGAUGCCGUUUGUAGAAGCAUUCCGACAAUUUCAAUUUAGAGUAAAAAAAGAGAAUUUCUGCGUGGCCCAUGUGUCUUUGGUGCCGCAGCCAAAAUCGACGGGUGAACCCAAGACCAAGCCGACGCAAUCCAGCGUUAGGGAGCUACGAGGAUUAGGUUUGUCACCCGAUCUUAUAGUUUGUAGGUCGGAGAAGCCUAUUGGCAAUUCCGUCAAGGAGAAAAUUUCGAAUUUCUGUCACGUGGCUCCGGAGCAGGUUAUAACUAUUCAUGACUUAACGUCUAUAUAUCGAGUGCCACUUCUUAUGGAAUAUCAAGGUGUCAUAGACUUUCUAAAUGAUCGAUUGCAACUGAACAUCGGAGUGCCGCGUCCACGUUACUUUAUGCGAAAAUGGCGGGACUUAGCCGAACGCGUGGAUCAUUUACGAAAAGACGUUAACAUUGCUCUAGUCGGUAAAUACACGAAACUUGCGGACUCCUAUGCCUCCGUUACGAAAGCGUUGCAACAUGCUGCCAUUGAGGCCGGAUAUAAACUGAACUUGACGUUUAUAGAAGCUGCUAAUUUAGAGCAAACCACAUUACUGGAAAAUCCAGUCUUAUAUCAUGAAGCUUGGCAACAGCUUUGCAAGAGCAACGGCGUUAUUGUGCCAGGUGGAUUUGGAAAAAGAGGAAUGGAGGGAAAGAUAAAGGCGUGUGAAUGGUGCAGAACGAACGACAAGCCAUUCCUCGGGAUUUGUCUAGGCUUGCAAGCGGCGGUCAUUGAAUUUGCGCGAAAUGUCUUGCACCUUGAAAUGGCAAACUCCACAGAAAUAAAUACAGAUACUAAUAAUCCUGUAGUGAUAGAUAUGCCGGAGCAUACUCAAGGUAUAAUGGGUGGAACAAUGAGGCUGGGCAAAAGACAAACGCGAUUUUACAAUAAUAAUUCUAUCCUAAAAAAAUUGUACGACAAUAAAGAUAUUAUAGAAGAAAGGCACAGGCAUAGGUAUGAAAUUAAUCCAGAAUAUAUCCAUGAUUUAGAAGUAGCUGGUUUAAAAUUUGUAGGGCGCGAUGAUGAUGAAAAUAUACGAAUGGAAAUUGCCGAAUUAGAAGGACAUAGUUAUUAUGUAGCUACUCAAUUUCAUCCUGAAUAUUUAUCAAGACCAUUAAAACCAUCACCACCAUUCCUUGGUUUAAUUUUGGCCAGUGUUGGUAAAUUGAAACAGUACUUAGCGCGAGGAUGUAAAUUUUCACCACGUCAACUGAGCGAUAAUGAAUCAGAUGACGAUUAUGUAAUGGAAGAAAUGACGAAAUUGCAUUUGUCCAGUGGCGCGAGUAGAAGUGGUAGCAGUACAUCGGGUCUUGAUUAGAAUGCAAUUUCAUUUUUUAUUUUAUUUCAUUCCAUAAUUCUAUUAUCUCUGAUCUGAUUUCCUACGCUUUUAUCUGAUUUUUCCCAUUUAUGUAAUUGAUAAUUAAAAAAUUGAACAUACGUGUGAAUAUGUGCCAUAAACUUAUUUAAAUAAUAUACAACAUUUUACGAAAAAAAUGCAGGAUGUAUAUAAAAUGUUUGUUCAUCUAAAAUGUGAAAUUCAUUAAAUAUAUGUUUUAUAUUUUGUAAUAAAUUACAUUGUGUUUCAAUAAAGAAAAA